AUGUCUGAUAAACGAGUAAGAACUGGUUGCGCUACGUGUAGAAGGAGAAGAGUCAAGUGUGACGAAAACCGUCCAAUCUGCCAUCGGUGUAAGGCAGCGAACUUUCUAUGUGAGGGAUACCAACCUUUGCAAAGAGCUCCAAGCAGUCCAUCAAAGUCAACAAGCCGUGCCAAUAGUCGUGCAAACACCCAGUCACCGCCACGGGAAGAUAUUGCAGAUCUAUCGUGGCGGCACACAAAUUGGAGGCACGACGAGUUGCCUCUUUACCACCACUUUGUCACUACGACUGUGGUCAGGCUCUUCAGAAAUGACCAUAUUACGUUCUGGCGAGAUCAGGUUGCUCAGAUGUCUUACGGAGUUGACAUCGUCUACGAAGCGUUAUUAGCUAUCGGUGCUAUGCAUCGUUCCUCACUGCUUGCUUGCAAGCAGGAAAGCGCACAAGAAGCUGCAAGAUUUCGGGUUCUCGGAUUGAGGUCGUAUGGAAAGACGUUGCACCUGUUGCCCAGUCAUUUAGCUGGGGAUCUGUUGGCGGAUCAGAAGCUUGCGGUUCUUGUUGUGCUCAUGCUUCUGACCUAUUUUGAGUGUUUCAUGGAAAAUCCAAAGGGUGCUUUCCGGCACCUUUGGGCCGGUGUACAGCUGCUUAGAAACAUGGAGAACAAACUGUCCGAAACAGAGGUCAACAACAUGGUGCCAGUUUACGACGCUAUGCUUCGACUGGAUUUUCUCGCCCAGAAGCUAGUACCGUACUCUUGCUCCUCUUUUCUCCGCUGUUCUGACCUAGCAAUGAUGGAGUCACCAUUCUGGAACCGGCCAUCGCUGAAGUUUUCCGGGGCAUCUCAAUCCGAUUCUGUUGCAGCGGAGCGUUACCGCCUGAUACAGCUAAUUUGCUCACACAACAAACUUAGCCGAGUCGUCUGGGGUAGCUGGUGUCCAACGAGUGAGAGACCUACUCGUGACGAGCUAAUGGGCUUUCACUCGGAGAUGGUUUUGUGGAGAGCGAACUCCCCAGCAACUUUCACGCCUUGUCAGGGGCUUGAUGCUAUCGAGGCGGUGAAUGCGAUGGACGUAGAGUCUCUGACUAUGCCACCGCCAGCUGCUCACUUCGGCUGCAGCGAUACCGCUCUAAAUAUUGCGAUGUACAACGCUUAUCUAGGAUGCGCUUUAGCUAUGAUUGCCACCACAGAUGAUGACACUGCGGCCAUAGAGAUGGACGCCUUCAAACUCGUCUACCAAAAUCUUUGUAUCGGCGCCGGUCUUCUUGAAGAACAUAAAAGGUUUGAAGAUCCUUACAAACCUUGCGACGCUGUCGAUACGGGAAUCACAAUUUGGCUUCAUCAUGGGCUUCGACGUUGUUACUCACGGGCUUGGCAAGAUUGGACAAUCCAAGCACUCCGCGCUAUAGGUCGUGAAGGCCUGGUCAAUGGCUUCACCUCAGCAAACACCCUUGAAAUCAUGUGUCAGCUAGAAGACCGUGUGAAUCCGCCACUAUCGCUGAACUCCUACCUCGGACCAAUCCGCGAGCGACUUAUUCCACUGCUUAUGCCGCGUGGGGAUAGUGAUCGCUUUUUGUCCUUCUAUUUGAGAUACGGCAGCGCAACGGACGCUGGCGAUGAGCGAGUGAUACAAGUCAUAGCACGAGCAACAUGGAGACAAGAAACUCAUGGAGGUUUGGAAGAUCUCCAUAUGGACAUUUAUGAUCAGGAAAUUGCGGGCGACUACUUUGCGCCAGACCGCCCUCAGGCAUUGUUGUUGUUUUCGAGCUGGAGAGAGGAAGUCGAAAAGGGGUGGCAUGGUUAUCUUGCUUCGGAGAUUCAGGAAGGAUUUUUGCAUAAACAGUACAGCGAUUCCUCUAUUCAGGCGUUCUAA